GAAGUCGACCUCUGGGCCCGGAACGCUGGGUAAAGAUGGCGGCGGCCAGGUGCUGGAGGUUCCCGCUCCGUGGUGCUGGGCUGUCACUGCACACCGCGGCCAAGGCCGCCGUUACAGCUCCAGAAGUGGCCGGCCCAGAUGUCCCGGCAACCCCAGUCGCGCGCUACCCGCCUAUCGUAGCCUCCCUGACGGCCAAAAGCAAGGCGGCACGGCAGCGGCGAGUGGAGCAAUGGCAGGCGACAGUGCACGCGGCCAAGUCAGUGGACGAGAAGCUGCGAAUCCUCACCAAGAUGCAGUUCAUGAAGUACGUAGUUUAUCCGCAGACCUUCGCCCUGAACGCCGAUAACUGGUAUCAGAGCUUCACCAAGACAGUGUUCCUGUCGGGCCUGCCGUCAACGCCCGCCAAGCUGGAGCCAGAGCCCACCCUGGACAUAGCGGCUCUGCGCGAGGCCGUCUGUGACUGCCUCCUGCAGGAGCAUUUCUUCCUGAGGCGCAAGAAGCGCGCGCCUGUCAUCCAGGACCGUGAGGCCAUCGCUUCGCCCUUCCUGGACCAAUUGGUAGCCUCUCUCACGGGCCUGCUCAGCGUGCACAACCCGGUCCUGGCUGCCGCCGCCCUGGAUUGUAAACGCCCAGUUCACUUUUUCUGGUUGCGUGGCGAAGAAAUUAUUCCUCGUGGUCAUCGGAAGGGUCGAGUUGAUGCUUUGCGAUACCAAAUAAAUGAUAAACCGCACAACCAGAUUCGAAUAUCCAGACAACUCCCUGAGUUUGUGCCACUGGAUUAUUCUAUACCUAUAGAAGUCCCUGUUAUGAGUUGUAAGCCAGACAAACUUCCAUUAUUCAAACGGCAAUAUGAAAAUACCAUAUUUAUCGGUUCAAAGACAGCAGAUCCUCUCUGUUAUGGACAUACCCAGUUUCAUCUGCUACCUGACAAAUUAAAAAGGGAAAAGCUUUUGAAACAAAACUGUGCUGAUCAGAUCGAAGUUGUUUUUAGAGCUAAUGCUAUUGCAAGCCUUUUUGCUUGGACUGGAGCACAGGCUAUGUAUCAAGGAUUCUGGAGCGAAGCAGAUGUUACUCGGCCUUUUGUCUCCCAGGGUGUGAUCACAGAUGGAAAAUACUUCUCCUUUUUCUGCUACCAGUUAAAUACUUUGGCAUUGACUGCACAAGCUGAUCAAAAUAAUCCUCGUAAAAAUAUAUGUUGGGGGACACAAAGUAAGCCUCUUUAUGAAACAAUUGAAGAUAAUAAUGUGAAAGGUUUUAAUGAUGAUGUUUUACUUCAGUUAGUUCAAUUUUUACUGAAUAGACCAAAAGAAGACAAAUCACAGCUGUUGGAAAACUAAGAACAAACAUUAGAUUCAGGACUUUGGGAGUACUUAAAUUUCACUGAAGGAAAAAUAAAAGGAAAUUUGAUAAUAAGA